CGCCCAACGAGUCCGAGUCCGAGCCCGACCGCAGGGGACAGGCAUGGGUCGGCCGAGGCCCGCGCUGCUGCUCCUGCUGCUGCUGCUGCUGCUGCUGGACGCGGGCGCCCGGGCCGAAGACGAAGCGCCGGAGAGGGAGAGCGUCAGCCCGAGCUGCCCCAAAGAGGCAACUCGGUUCAAGCACCUCCGGAAAUACAUUUACAGCUAUGAGGCCGAGACUUCCAGCGGAGUCCCCGGCACUGCUGACUCCAGAAGUGCCACCAAAGUCAGCUGCAAGGUGGAGCUGGAGGUUCCCCAACUCUGCAGCUUCAUCCUGAAGACCAGCCAGUGUGCCCUGAAGGAGGUUUACGGCUUCAACCCUGAGGGCAGGGUCUUGCUUAAGAAGACCAAGACCUCUGAGGCUUUUGCAGCUGCCAUGUCCAGGUACGAGCUCAGGCUGGCCAUUCCUGAAGGGAAGCAAGCUGUCCUCUACCCAGAGGAGAAUGAGCCUGCACAUAUCCUGAACAUCAAGAGGGGCAUCAUCUCCGCUCUCCUGGUUCCCCCGGAGACAGAGGAGGCCCAGCAAGAGCUGUUUCUGGAUACUGUGUACGGAAACUGCUCCACGCAUACAGCAGUGAAGACAAGGAAGGGGAGCGUGGCCACAGAAAUGUCCACGGAAAGAAACCUGCAGCAGUGCUCUGGCUUCCAGCCGGCCAGCACAGGCGCCAGCCCCCUGGCCCUCAUCAAAGGCCUGGCCCGCCCCUUGUCUACCCUGAUCAGCAGCAGCCAGUCCUGCCAGUACACCCUGGACCCCAAGAGGAAGCAUGUGUCAGAGGCCACCUGCAAGGAGCAGCACCUGUUCCUGCCUUUCUCCUACAAGAAUAAGUAUGGAAUGAUGACCCAGGUCACCCAGACUUUGAAACUUGAAGACACACCUAAGAUCAACAGCCGCUUCUUUGGUGGAGGUACCCAGAAGGUGGGCUUGGCCUUUGAGAGCACCAAAUCCCCAUCACUGCCAAAGCAAGCAGAGGCUGUUCUGAAGACCCUCCAAGAGCUGAAAAAGCUGUCCACCUCUGAGCAGAACGCCCAGAGAGCAAAUCUCUUCAACAAGCUGGUCACCAACAUGAGAGGCCUCAGCAGCGAGGCCAUCACAUCCCUCCUGCCACAGCUGAUCGAGGUAUCCAGCCCCAUCACGCUGCAAGCCUUGGUUCAGUGUGGACAGCCCCAGUGUUACACCCACGUCCUCCAGUGGCUGAAGAGUGAGAAGGCUCACCCCCUCCUGAUAGAUGCUGUGACCUACCUGGUGGCCCUCAUCCCAGACCCCUCGGUUCAGAGGCUGCGAGAGAUUUUCAGCAUAGCCAAGGAGCAGCAGAGCCGAGCCACCCUGUACGCGCUGAGCCACGUGGCCAACAACUAUUUUGAGGCGACCCGCACAGUGGACCCAGACCUGCAGGACAUCAUUAAUUACCUCCAGGAGCAAAUCCAAGAUCAGUGUGCUGGGGAUGAAGAUCAUGCCUACCUGAUCCUGAGGGUCAUUGGAAAUAUGGGCAGAACCUUGGAGAGCAUAGCACCCAUGAUCAAGUCUUCGGUCCUGAGCUGUAUCAGGAGCCCAAAGGGAUCAGUGCUGAUUCAGAAGGCCGCUAUCCAGGCCCUGAGAAAGAUGGAACUUGGAUAUGAGGACCGGGAGCUCCUCCUUCAGACCUUUGCCGACAGCACCUCUCCUGUGGAGAAGCGCUUGGCUGCCUACCUCAUGCUGAUGAAGCAGCCUUCCCAGUCGGACAUUAGCAGCGUCAUCCAACUUCUCCCCCAGGAAGAGAGCGAGCAGGUGAAGAACUUCGUGGCUUCUCACGUUGCCAAUAUCUUGAACUCGGAAGAGUUAUAUGUUGGAGAUCUGAAAACCUUAGUGAAAGAAGCUCUGAAGGAUUCUCAACUUCCCACAGUCAUGGACUUCAGAAAAUAUUCCCGGAACUAUCAUGUUUCCAAAUCUGUUUCGCUUCCUUCACUUGACCCAGUCUUGGCCAAAAUUGAAGGGAAUCUUAUAUUUGAUCCAAAUAAUUAUCUUCCUAAAGAAAGCAUGCUGAAAACGACCCUGACCAUCUUUGGCUUUGCUUCAGCUGACCUCUUCGAGAUUGGCUUAGAAGGCAAAGGCUUUGAGCCAACACUGGAAGCUCUUUUUGGGAAGCAAGGAUUUUUCCCAGACAGUGUCAGCAAGGCUUUGUAUUGGGUCAACGGUCAAGUUCCUGAUCGUGUCUCCCAGGUCUUGGUGGACCACUUUGGCUAUACCAAAGAUGACAAGCACGAGCAGGACAUGGUCAGUGGAAUCAUGCCCAUUGUUGACAAGCUGAUUAGAGAUUUGCAGUCAAGAGACAUGCCUGAGGCCAGAGCCUACCUUCGCAUCCUGGGAAGAGAGCUUGGCUUUUUCAAGCUUCAAGACCUCCAGCUCCUGGGAAAGCUGCUGCUGAGUGGAGCUCGCACUCUGCAGGGAAUCCCCCAGAUGAUCAGCGAGGCCAUCAGGGAAGGCUCAGAGCAUGACUUGUUUCUUCACUACAUCUUCAUGGACAACACCUUUGAGCUCCCCACUGGAGUGGGGCUUCAGCUGCAAGUGUCCUCAUCUGGAAUCAUCAGCCCUGGGUCCAAAGCUGGUUUGAAACUGCAAGUGGCUAACAUGCAAGCAGAUCUGCUGAUGAAGCCCGCUGUGUCCGUGGAGUUUGUGACAAACAUGGGUGUCAUUGUACCCGACUUUGCACGCAGCGGGGUCCAGAUGAACACCAACUUCUUCCACGAGUCAGGCCUCGAGGCCCGUGUGGCCUUGAAAGCUGGGCAGCUGAAGGUCAUCAUCCCUUCUCCAAAGAGGCCAGUCAAGCUAUUCAGCGGCAGCAACACCCUGCAUUUGAUCUCCACCACCAAAACAGAAGUGAUUCCACCGCUCAUGGAGAACAGGCAGUCCUGGUCAGCUUGCAGGCCUUUCCUUACUGGUCUGCACUACUGCACUGCCGGCGCUUACUCCAACGCCAGCUCCACAGAGUCCGCCUCCUACUACCCACUGACGGGGGACACCAGAUAUGAGCUGGAACUGAAGCCUACAGGAGAGGUAGAGCAGUACUCUGCCAGCGCAACCUAUGAACUCCAGAGAGAAGAUAAAGCCCUAGUGGACAGGCUGAAGUUUGUAAUUCAGGCAGAGGGUGUGAAGCAGGCCGAGGCUACUUUGAUGUUCAAAUAUAAUCGAAGGAGUAGGACUUUAUCCACUGAAAUGCAAAUUCCAGAUUUGGAUGUUAACCUUGGGACAAUCCUUAGAGUCAGUGAUGAAUCUUCUAAAGACAAAAGGUCUUACAAACUCAACCUAGACAUUCAGAACAAGAAAAUCACUGAGGUUGCAUUGUCGGGCCACAUAAGUCAUGACACAAAAGGAGAAGGCAAAAUCAAAGGUGUUAUUUCCAUACCCCGUUUGCAAGCUGAAGCCAGAAGUGAGAUCCUAUCCCACUGGUCGCCCACCAAACUGCUGCUUCAGAUGGACUCCUCUGCUACAGCUUACGGCUCGACAGUUUCCAAGAGGGUGGCGUGGCGUUACGAUGAUGAGAAGGUGGAGUUUGAAUGGAACACAGGGACCAAUGUGGAUACCAAAAAAGUGGCUUCCAAUUUCCCUGUGGACCUCUCUGAUUAUCUCAGAAGCUUGUAUAUGCACGCCAAUGGCCUCCUACAUCACAGAAUUCCACAAACAGACAUGUCUUUCUGGGACAUGGGUUCCAAAGUAAUAGUUACAACAAACACAUGGCUCCAGGAAGCAUCCAGUAGUCUUCCUUAUGCCCAGAUUUUACAGGAUCAUCUCAGUAGCCUAACAGAGCUGGACCUCCAGAAAAUGAGUUUGCCAUAUUUCCAUAUCCCUGACAACCUCUUCUUAAAAAGUGAUGGCCGAGUCAAAUACACCUUGAACAAGAACAGCAUUGAAGUUGACAUUCCUUUGCCUUUUGGUGGCAAAUCUUCUAAAGAUCUCAAGAUGUUUGACACCAUUAGGACACCAGCCCUCAACUUCAAAUCUGUGGGAUUCUACCUACCAUCUCGAGAGUUCCACAUUCCCACUUUUACCAUUCCUGAGCUGUAUCAACUUCGAGUGCCUCUCUUGGGUGUCCUAGACCUCUCCACAAAUGUGUACAGCAACUUGUACAACUGGUCCGCCUCCUACACUGGUGGCAACACCAGCAGAGACCACUUCACCCUCCAAGCUCGGUACCACAUAAAGGCCGACUCUGCGGUCAACCUGCUUUCCUACAGUUUACAAGGAUCUGGAGAAACAACGUACGAUCACAGGAACACAUUUACAUUAUCAUGCGAUGGAUCCCUACGGCAUAAGUUUCUGGAUUCAAAUGUUAAAUUCAGUCAUGUAGAAAAACUUGGAAACAACCCGGCCUCCAAAGGUGUACUAACAUUUGAUGCCUCUACUACCUGGGGACCACAGGUGUCUGCUUCAGUCCAUCUGGAUUCGAAAAAGAAACAACAUUUGUAUGUCAGAGAUGUCAAAAUCGAUGGGCAGUUCGGAGCCUCUUCUUUCUACGCGAAAGGCACAUACAGCCUGACUUGUCAGGGUGACCCAGCCACUGGCCAGCUAAGUGGGGAGUCCGACCUGAGCUUUAACUCCUCCUACCUCCAGGGCACCAACCAGAUAACCGGGAGGUACGAGGACGGCGCCCUCUCCCUCACCUCCACCUCUGAUCUGCAAGGUGGCACCCUUAAAAACACUGCUUCCCUGAAGUAUGAAAACUACGAACUGACCCUGAAAUCUGACACCAAUGGGAAGUCCGAGAACUUUGCCAUUCGUAACAGGGUGGAUCUGACCUUCUCUAAGCAAAACGCAUUGCUGCAUUCUGAGUAUGAGGCUGAUUACAAGUCAUUAAAGUUCUUCUCCUUGCUCUCUGGAUCGUUGAAUUCCCAUGGCGUGGAAUUGAAUGCUGACAUCCUGGGCACUGACAAAGUUAACACUGCUGCUCACAAGGCAACGCUAAGUAUUGGCCGCAGUGGAAUCUCUACCAGUGCAACGACCAAUUUGAAAUACAGCCCCCUGUUUCUGGAGAAUGAACUGAAUGCAGAGCUUGGCCUCUCUGGAGCUUCUAUGAAGUUCACAGCAAAUGGCCGCUUCAGAGAGCACAGCACAAAAUUCACCCUGGAUGGAAAAGCCGCCCUCACAGAGGUGUCACUGGGGAGUGUUUGUCAGGCCAUGGUGCUGGGUGUGGACAGCAAAAACAUUUUUAACUUCAGAAUCAGUGGAGAAGGACUGAAGCUCUCCAAUGACCUCAAGGGCUCCUACGGUGAAAUAACCCUGGACCAUGCCAACAGUCUGAACACUGCAGGCUUAUCCCUGGAAUUCUCUUCAAAACUUGACAACAUCUAUAGCUCUGACAAGUUUUAUAAGCAACAUUUUAACUUCCAGCUUCAGCCCUUUUCUCUGGUAACCACUUUAAACAAUGACCUGAAAUACAGUGCUCUGGGUCUGACCAGCAGUGGGAAGCUACGGCUGGAACCUCUGAAGCUGAAUGUAGAUGGUAACCUGAAAGGCGCCUACCAGAAUAAUGAAAUAAAACACAUCUUCACCAUUUCUUACGUCGACAUAUCAGCAAGCUACAAGGCCUCCACUAUAGCAAGGAUUCAGGGAAUGCAGUUUAGCCAUCAGCUCAACACGGGCAUCGCUGGGCUGGUUGCAUCCCUCGACACCAGCACAAACUACCACUCAGACUCACUGCGCUUCAGCAGCGCUUUGCACUCUGCAGUGGCCCCGUUUGCCCUGGCCAUCAACGCACAUACAAACGGCAAUGGGAAACUGGCUCUCUGGGGAGAACACACCGGCCAGCUGUAUAGCAAAUUCCUGCUGAAAGCAGAGCCUUUGGCUCUUACUUUCUCUCACGAUUACAAAGGAUCCACAAGUCACAGUCUCUUGUCCAGGGAAAGCAUCGGCAUGGCUCUCGAUCACAAACUCAGUGCCCUGCUUACACCAUCCGAGCAGACCGGCACCUGGAAGCUCAAGACCCAGCUGAACAGCAAUGAGUACAGCCAGGACUUCGAUGCUUACAACACUAAAGAUAAAAUUGGAGUGGAGCUCAGUGGGCGGGGCCUGGCUGACCUCACCGUGCUGGACUCCCCAAUUAAGGUGCCGUUUUUCCUCAGUGAGCCCAUCAACAUCAUCGAUACCUUCCGGAUGAAAGACACUGUCCAGCAGCCCCAAGAAUUCACAAUUGCUGCUGCCAUAAAGUAUGACAAGAACCAAGAUGUCCACACUAUCAGCCUCCCAUUCUUUAAAUCACUGCCAGAAUAUUUGGAGAAGAAUAGACUAAUGAUUAUAACUGCACUGGAAGCCAUGCAGAAAGAACUGAAAAGCCUCAAUAUCGAUCAGUUUGUGGGGAGAUACAGAGCAGGCCUGGGCAAACUCCCACAGCAAGUUAAUGAUUAUCUGACUGCAUUCAACUGGGAGAGUCAGGUUGCCAGUGGCAAGGAGAAACUGACUGCAUUCGCAGAAAAUUACAGAAUCACAGAAAAUGAUGUACAAACUGCAUUGAAUAAUGCCAAAAUCAGCCUUAAUGAAAACCUCUCUCAACUUCAGACAUAUGUGAUACAGUUUGAUCAGUAUAUUAAAGAUAAUUAUGAUCUACAUGAUUUAAAGAUAGCUAUUGUUAGGAUUAUUGAUCGAAUUAUUGAAAAUUUAAAAAUUCUUGAUGAACAUUAUCAUAUCCGUGAAAACUUAGUAAGAACAAUCCACAAUGCAUAUUUGUUUAUUGAAAAUAUUGAUUUUAGCAAAAUGGGAAGUAGUACGGCAUCUUGGAUUCAAAAUGUAGACACUCAGAACCAAAUCAGAAUCCAAAUACAGGAAAAAUUGCAGCAGGCCAGGACACAGAUUCAGAAUAUAGACAUCCAGGAGCUUGCUGCAAAGUUAAAACAACAGGUUGAGGCCAUUGACACCAGAGCACUUUUAAAUCAAGUGAGAACUACAAUUCCAUUUCAAAGAAUAAAGGACAUUAUUGAGCAUGUCAAAUACAUUGUAAUAAGUCUUAUUGAAGAUUUUGAAGUAACUGAGAAAAUCAAUGCUUUUAGAGCUAUAGCCCAUGAGUUAAUUAAGAAAUAUGAAGUAGACCAACAGAUCCAAGUUUUACUAGAUAAAUCAGUACAGUUAGCUCGCCAAUAUAAGCUGAAGGACACUGUUCAGAAACUAAGCAACCUCCUACAACGAGUUGAUAUGAAAGAUUGUUAUAAGAAACUGCUUGUGUUUAUUGAUGAUAUUAUCAGGCAGCUCAAAGCAUUUUCUUUUAAAAAUUUCAUGGAAGAAGUAAACCAAUUUCUUGACGCUUUGGUAAAGAAAUUAAGAUCAUUUGAUUACCACCAGUUUGUAGAUGAAACCAACCACAAAAUCCGUGAAGUGACUCAGAUAAUCAAUGCUGAACUUCAGGUUCUUGACCUACCACAGAAAGCUGAAGCACUAAAACUGUUUGUGGAGGAUGUGAGGGUCAUGCUGUCUGCCUUUCUAGAAAAGCUGAAGGACACUAAAAUAACCGUGUUUGUCGAUUGGUUACAGGAUGCACUAAAUACUGCAUAUCUGGUUCCCAUAAAGGCAAAAUUCCAAGAAACUCUAGAAGACAUACGAGACCGAAUUUAUCAGAUGGACAUUCAACAAGAACUGGAGCGCUGCCUGUCACUGGUGGGCCAGGUUUACAGCACACUUGUCACCUACGUCUCUGACUGGUGGGUUCUUGCUGCUAAGAACCUCACUGACUUUGCGGAGCAAUAUUCUAUCCAAGGCUGGGCUGAAAAUGUGAAAGCUUUGGUGGAACAAGGGUUCACUGUCCCUAGAAUUCAGCUCAUUCUUGGGACUGUGCCAGCCUUUGAAGUUAGUCUUCGUGCUCUUCAGGAAGCUUCUUUCCAGACUCCCAUCUUCACAGUUCCCCUGACAGAUUUGAGGAUUCCAUCAGUUCGGAUCAACUUCAAAGAACUGAAAGAUAUAAAAAUUCCACCCAGGUUUUCCACGCCUGAAUUCACUGUCCUCAACACCUUCCACAUUCCUUCCUUUACAGUUGAUUUCUUAGAAAUAAAACUCAAAAUCAUCAGAACCAUUGACCAGAUGCUGAGCAGUGAGUUCCAGUGGCCGGUUCCAGAAGUAUAUGUGGGGGACCUGAAGGUGGAGGACAUCCUUCCAGCCAGACUCUUCCUCCCAAACUUCCAUUUACCGGAAAUCACAAUUCCAGAAUUUCUAAUCCCGAAUCUCAACCUUACGGAGUUUCAAGUCCCUGACCUUCACAUACCAGAAUUCCAGCUUCCUCCCAUCUCACACAGUGCCGAAAUACCUGCUUUGGGCAAGCUGAAUAGCAUUUUGAAAAUCCAGUCUCCCCUUUUCACCUUAGAUGCAAAAGCUGACAUACACAACAUAACUACUUCAGAGCACCAAACAGGGACCGAAGUUUCCAUCGCUGCCAAAGGAGAGUCCAAAUUCGAAGUUUUCAAUUUUGAUUUUCAAGCAAAUGCACAGCUCUUGGAUCCCAAGACUAAUCCACUGUUGCUGAAGGAAUCCAUGAAUUUCUCCAGCAAGCACCUAAGAAUGGAGCAUAAAAGUGAAAUACUAUUUUCUAUAAAUGCCAUUGAAGGAAAAUCAGACACAGUGGCAAGUUUCAGUACAGAAAAAAAUACCCUGGAGCUCAAUAACGGUGUGGUGGUCAAGAUGAAGGGUCAGCUUACCCUGGACAACCACAUGAAAUACUUCCACAAACUGAGCAUCCCCAAACUGGACUUCUCCAGUAAAGCUGACCUGAGAAAUGAUCUCAAGACACUCCUGAAAGUUGGCCACAUCACACUGACCUCUUCUGGAGCAGGGUCAUGGAAAUGGGCCUGUCCCAGCUUCUCAGACGAGGGAACACACGAAUCACAAAUCAACUUUACUGUGGAAGGACCCCUUGCUUCCCUUGGGUUAGCCAAUAAGAUUAACAGCAAACACCUAAGAGUAACCCAGAAUUUGGCUUAUGAAUCUCACUUCCUCAACUUUUCUAAAUUUGAAAUUCGGUCAGAUGUUGAAUCCCAGCACGUGGGCCACAGCAUUCUGACUGCUAAAGGCACAGCCCUACUUGGAAAAGGGAAAGCAGAGAUAACUGGAGACCACAGUGCUCAUUUAAGUGGAAAAGUUAUUGGAACUUUGAAAAAUUCUCUUUUCAUUUCAGCCCAGCCACUUGAGAUUACCGCAUCCACAAAUAAUGAAGGGAAUUUGAAAGUUAGUUUUCCAUUAAGACUGACAGGGAAGAUAGACUUUCUAAAUAACUAUGCACUACUUCUGAGUCCUUCUGCCCACCAAACAAGUUGGCAGGCAAGUGCUGGGUUCAAUCAGUAUAAGUACAACCACAACUUCUCUGCCAGUAACAAUGAGAACAGCAUUGACGCCCACGUAUCCAUCAAUGGAGAUGCCAACCUGGAUUUCUUAAACAUUCCUUUAACAAUUCCUGAAAUGAAUCUACCUUACACAACAUUCAAAACUCCCUCCCUGAAAGAUUUCUCCAUAUGGGAAGAAACAGGCUUGAAGGAAUUCUUGAAAACAACAAAGCAAUCAUUUGAUUUAAAUGUAAAAAUUCAGUAUAAGAAAAACAAAGACAAGCAUACCAUUGCAGUUCCUUUGGGUGUGUUUUAUAAGUUUAUCAGUCAGAAUGUCAAUUCCUUGGACAGCUAUUUUGAGAAUGUUAGAGAUAAUGCAUUGGAUUUUCUUACUACAUCCUAUAAUGAAUUGAAAAUUAAGUUGGAUGAGUAUAAAGCUGAAAGAUCCCUCAACAAACUCCCCAGGACCUUUCCGAGGCCUGGAUACACCAUUCCAAUUGUCAAUGUUGAAGUGACUCCAUUCUCAGUAGAGAUGUUGCCCUCUGGUCACAUGAUUCCAAAGGCAGUCCACACCCCCAGUUUCACUAUCCCGGGUUUUGACUUCUAUGUGCCUUCAUACAUGUUAUCUCCCCCAUCCAUCGAACUGCCAGACCUCCAUAUCCCUAGGAAUCUACUCAAGCUUUCUCUCCCAGAUUUCAAGGGGCUGAGCACUGUAAACAAUAUUUUUAUUCCAGCCAUGGGCAAUAUAACCUAUGAUUUUUCUUUUAAAUCAAGUGUCAUCACCCUGAAUACCAACGCUGGACUUUAUAACCAAUCGGAUAUUGUUGCUCAUUUCCUUUCUUCCUCUUCAUUUGUCAUCGAUGCACUGCAGUACAAAUUAGAGGGCACUUCACGUUUGACGAGGAAAAGAGGACUGAAGUUAGCCACGGCUCUGUCUCUGAGUAACAAAUUUGUGGAAGGCAGUCAUGACAGCACCAUUAGCAUCACCAAGAAAAUCAUGGAAGCAUCAGCAACCACGACUGCAAAAGUCCACAUCCCAGUUUUGAGAAUGAAUUUCAAGCAAGAACUUAAUGGAAAUACCAAGUCAAAACCUACUGUCUCUUCAUCCAUUGAGCUAACAUAUGACUUCAAUUCCCCGAAGCUGUUCUCCAGUGCAAAGGGAGCGAUCGACCACAAGCUCAGCUUAGAAAGCCUCACUUCUUACUUUUCUAUUGAGUCAUCUACCAAAGGAGAUAUCGAAGGUUUGGUCCUCUCGAGGGAAUAUUCAGGAGCUAUUGCCAGUGAGGCCAGCACUUACUUGAGUUCCAAGGCAACUCGGUCUUCAGUGAAGCUGCAAGGUUCUUCUAAAGUCGAUGGUAUCUGGAACGUCGAAGUAAAAGAAAAUUUUGCUGGGGAAGCCACUCUCCGACGCAUGUAUGCCAUGUGGGAACACAGUAUGAAAAACCACUUACAGCCAUACAGUGGCUUUUCCACUCACGGAGAACAUACAAGCAAAGCCACCCUGGAACUGUCCCCAGGGUCAGUAUCAGCCCUCAUUCAGGUUCGUGCACGUGAGAUCAAUUCUGUCCUUGACAUUCCUCACCUUGGCCAGGAAGUGGCCCUGAAUGCUAAUACUAAGAACCAGAAGUUCAGCUGGAAAAGUGAGGUUCAGGGUCAGCUUGGGACUCUCCAGAACCAUGUACAGCUUUCUAAUGACCAAAAAGAGGCACGCUUUGACAUUGCAGGAUCCUUAGAAGGGCGUCUGCACUUCCUCAAAUUUAUCACCCUACCAGUGUAUGACAAGAGCCUAUGGGACCUCCUAAAACUGGACGUAACCACCAGCUCUCAAAAGAGACAAUAUCUUCAUGCUUCAACUGCUCUUGUGUACACCAAAAACCCCAAGGGCUAUCCUUUCUCUGUCCCUGUGCAAGAACUGACUGAUGAGUUCAUUGUCCCAGGCCUGAAACUCAGUGAUCUGAGCUCAGACUUUGCCACACCUACAUUCCGAGUACCGUUUACAGAUCUGCAGAUCCCAUCCUACAAGCUUGACUUCAAUGAAAUAAGAAUCUACAAGAAGCUAAGCACGUCACCAUUUGCCCUCAACCUACCCACACUACCCAAAGUGAAAUUCCCCCAAGUGGAUGUGUUAACAAAAUACUCUGAACCGGAAGAUUCCUCGGUCCCCUUUUUUGAGAUAACUAUCCCUGACGUUCAGCUAACUGUGUCCCAGUUCACUCUUCCAAAAAGUCUUUCAGUGGGCAGUGCUGUUUUGGAUCUCAGUGAGGUAGCCAACAUGAUUGGGGACUUCGAGUUGCCUACCAUCACAGUGCCUGAACAGACAAUUGAGAUUCCUUCCAUGAAGUUCUCCGUACCUGCUGGAGUUUUUAUUCCUUUUUUUGGAGCGCUGACUGCACGUUUUGGGGUGGCCUCUCCCCUGUAUAAUGCCACCUGGAAUGUUGGUUUGAAAAACAAAGCAGAUCACGUUGAAACCUUCCUGGAUUCCACAUGCAGCUCAACCUUACAGUUCCUAGAAUAUGACCUAAAUGUUGUGGGAACACACAGCCUUGAAGACGGUAUGCUCAUCUGCAAGAUCAAAGGCACACUGGCCCAUCGCGACUUCAGUGCAGAAUAUAAAGAAGUUGACAAAUACAAAGGACUCAAGGCCUGGGAGGAGGAUGUGAAUCUCGACAUCCUAAGUCCGGCGUUCACCGAGCUCCACUUGCGCUACCGAGAAGACGAGAACAGCAUGUCCUUCUCAGCAGCCUCCCCCGCCGUAGGCACUGUGGGCCUGGACUUGGAAACAGAAGGCGACCGCAGCUUCAAGGGGAACUUGUACUUCCAGCCCCAGUCCUCUCCAGGCAGAAAACUCAAUAUAUUCAAAACUGAGUGGCGGUACCAGGAAUCUGAUGAUAAAAUUCAGAUGAAGUUUAAUUGGGAAGAAGAGGCAGCUUCCAGAUUCCUGGGCUCUCUAAAGGACAAUGUGCCAAAGGCCACAGGUGCCUUUUAUGACUAUGUUGACAAGUACCACCAGGAGUACACAGGACUCAGCCUGAAAGAUGCUUCUUCAAAGCUCAGGAGAAGUCUGCGGGAAAGUGCUGAGGGAGCGUACCAAAGAGCCAGAAGGCAGAUCAAUAAGAUGGAUGUUGGGCUCCAGAGAGCAGCCAGCAGCACUAUAGGCACCUACCAGGAGUGGAAGGAAAAGGCCCAGGAUCUAUACCAGGAGCUGUUGGCUGAGGAGGGACAAGCCAGUUCCCAGAGACUCAAAGACAAAGUGUUCGACAGUUUAUUCCAAGCUACUCAGGAGGCCCGCAUGGCAGCCAAGUGUAUGAUGGACUCAUCCAUUGGUUUCUUGCAGCUCACGAGAAUCCAACUCCCAGGGAUAGCAGGGACAUACACUGGAGAGGAACUCUGCACCAUGGUCAUUAAAGAAAUCGGGAAAGUACUGUCCUGGGCAUAUUCAAAUAUCCAUAGUGAGUUAGAGAAGCUGCUUUCCUAUGCCCAAGACCUAGUGGAGAAAUCUGAAUUAAUCAAAGACCUACAGAUUACAUUUCCUUUUUAUUCAGAAAGCUAUAAACUGACAGAGGUAAUUCUGAAGUCUAGGAAACUGUUGGAAUUUUUAUCAAAAAAUGUCCAGGACGUUUUUAUUGACCUCCAGUCUAUCAAGUUGUCAGAGACACUGGGUGACCUCCAGAGCAGUUUACAAAUAAUUUUCGAAAGGAUAGAAGAAGAAAUUAAAUACUUAAAGGAGACCAGAUUUAUUCACCCCAUUAAUGCUAUCGACACAAUCUUCAACACCUAUAUUCCAUUUGCUUUUAGAGUGCUGAAAGAAAGCCUAUACCUUAACCUUACAAAGUUCAAUGAGGCUGUUCAGAAUAAUCUUCAGGUGGCUUCUCAAGGGUUGCAGCAGACCCAUCAAUAUCUAAAGGCUCUUCGCGAAGAAUAUUUUGAUCCAAGCAUAGUCGGCUGGACAGUAAAAUACUACGCACUUGAAGAAAAGAUGGUGGAUCUGGUCAUGGACCUAGUAAUUGCCCUUAAGAACCUUCAUUCCACAUACACAGCCUAUGCUGCCAGCUCUGCAUCCCAGCUGUCAGCCCUAGUUGAGCAGUUUGUACACAAAGAUGUCCAAGAGUAUCUUAGCAUCCUUGCAGAUGCAGACAGAAGGGGGAAAGAGAAGAUAGCAGAGCUUUCUAACUCUGCUCAGCAAGUAAUUAAAACCUUGACCACUGCAAUGAAGGAGAUCGUUUCUGAUUACCUGGAGCAGUUCAUAUCUAAACUACAGGAGUUUUUAGACCAAUUCCCUGAUUACUAUGAAAAAUUCAUCGCUGAGUCCCAAAGGUUGAUUGACCUGGCCAUCCAGAGCUACCACGUGAUCCUGAGCUAUAUCACUGAGCUUCUGAAAAAGCUGCAAGCAGCCACAGCCAGUGGUGGGAACCCCUACGUAAAGCUUGCUCCAGGGGAACUCACUAUUACCUACUAAGUUUUUAAAGCAAUCCUCACUUAUUGGUAUAUUGCAAUUAAAGUUUCACAUAAUGGAUGGAAAAUUCAAACUAUGCAUAAAACACACCUUGAGCUGGCCUGCAGCAGGCAGCUGACUAAAGGCAGAAGCACAUAUGAACUGGACCUGAGCUGGAGCUGGCAUGGGAGCUCGGCUGGUCUCUGAACUCCGGGGAGUGACUUUUAUUUUGCAAGUUAAAAUCAGGAUCCGAGUUAUUUUCCUAAACCUGGGAGGGGGAAAAUAAAUGGAUUCUGUAUUGUGUAUCAUA